GUGCCCGCUAGAAGAAGGCGCAGACGUCUUCUUCUGCGUUUCGGAAAGGCGAGGCUAGCGGUGCGUGGCCUCGCUCGGAGCUCACAUGUGCCACAAGUAAAGCUCCAUUUCCAGGUUGUGAUUAAGAAGAGACAGUAAGCUUAUGAGUCUUGAGAACAGUAUAUUUCAGCAAUGCAAGAGAACCAGGCUGCUGGUUAUACAAAUUAUCUCAAAGAUUUUUAGUUCAUCUGAGUUCCUACUUGCAAGCUUGAGGGCAAAAUACAAGGAGGAAGAAACCUGCCCACACUGAAGUUCAUGACAAAAUUCUCAUAGUGAUAAGAAGCAAUGGACCAAGAUUCACACUGCACGGCAGAAAGGGAGCUAUUGGAAGCUGUGAGCAGAAUUACUACGUCUUCUACCACAAGUCCAUCUGAUGAAGAAGAAAAUCAACCCAAAGCUGAAAUUUCAUGUCAAGUGAGAAAAGAAAAUCCAGAAAAAGAUGACAUGCAAGAUUCCGGUGCAACCCUAAGCCCCAACUCUUCGAUGACUACUAAGGAGCUCCAGGAAUAUUGGAGGAAUGAAAAACGUCAAUGCAAACAAAUCAAACUCCUUUUUGAAAUCCCAUCAACCAGAAUUGUAGAGCACCACUUCUCUAAAUAUGUGAUGUAUAAAAUCAUCAUUUUGCAAACAGGGAGUUUUGACAGCAACAAGUCUGUAAUUGAGCGGCGUUAUUCAGAUUUUGAGAAAUUGCACAGAAAUCUGCUGGAGGAAUACAGCGAAGAAAUGGAAGAUGUAACCUUUCCCAAAAAAGCUCUAACAGGGAACUUCACAGAAGAAGUAAUCAAUGAAAGAAAAUUAGCCUUCAAGGACUACCUGAGACUCCUAUAUUCUAUGAAAUAUAUCAGAAGAUCAAAAAAAUUUAUUGACUUUUUAACAAGGCCAGAGCUUCAGGAAGCAUAUGGUUGCCUGCGGGGUGGCCAGUACACCAAAGCUUUGGAAAUCCUUUUAGAAGUCAUUGGUCUGCAGGAAAGGCUGACGAGAGGGAACCCUUUUGCAAUUGUCCCUACUCUCUGUGCCAUCGUGGUGUGCCACAAGGACCUGGAGAACCCAGCAAGUGCCUUUGAAUACGGAGAAAAAGCUCUGGCACGCCUUCGUGUGCAUACCAGCCACAGGUAUUAUAUUCCUCUGUUAGAAACAAUGAUCACUCUGGCAUAUGAACUUGGCAAGGAUUUUCUGUCUUUGCAAGAAAAACUGGAAGAAUGGAAGACAAAGAAAGAUCCCAUACGGGUUUUUACCCUGAAAGAACUCACAGUUCGGGAGUACGUACGGUGAACACAAGAAAAAUUUAAUGAAAGAGCAAACUCUUGAAAGAGUGGGAACUGGAAAUUACCUGUUUGGCUUGCAUAACAUUGGGAACAAUAGGAAAAAAAUUAAAUUAAAUAUCUUUUAUUUUCAAAGGGACAUUAGCUUCUAUGCUGGAAUAUAUUGCAUCUACUGUACAGAUAUGAGGAGUACCUGAGGAGCAUCUUAAGGCUUUUUGAAGGCAGCUUGCAAGAAAAUAAUAAUUUCUAAUUUGGUUAUUUUGAACAUAGCUUAUUUUAUGUGAUA